AGAUGUCCGGAGAAUAGACACAACCUAGAAAAAUAUCUUCCCUUAAAAAGGCUGGGAACUAAAGAAAUAGAAUCAUUGCAGUGACUUGGGAGCUCAGAGUAACAUCUGAAAACAAAUCCAAGAGAUAUGUGCUCUCUGGAGAAGCGAGGCAGCGUCUUUAUACUGACCCUAACCGGCAACGAUGAGCACCGGUUAAACCCGACGCUCAUCGACUCCAUCCGGGCCGCGCUCCAGCAAGUCAAAGCCGAAUCUACUUCCCCCUCGGCCCUGAUAACCACGGCCCAAGGUAAGUAUUUCUCCAACGGCUACGACCUUAAGUGGGCCGGAAGCAAUGGCGGCCGCGCACAGCUCAUGUCCUCCAAGCUUCGUUCUCUCGUUUCCGAACUAAUCACUCUGCCCAUGCCCACCAUCGCGGCUAUCACCGGCCACGCCUCCGCAGCCGGCUUCGUCUUGGCGCUGUGUCACGACUACCAUCUAAUGCGAAAGGAUCGAGGGUUUCUCUACGUGAGCGAGCUGGAUAUCGGAUACAAAGUUCCUCUCUGGUUUGCGGCUUUGAUAAAGAGCAAAGUUAGCUCGCCAAAGGCUCGGCGGGAGAUGAUAAUGAAAGCGGCUAAGCUGACAGCUGAGAUGGCUCUGGAGAGGGGCAUUAUCGACUCGGCGCAUGAUGGCGCGGAGGAGACGGUGGACGCUGCCGUGAAACUCGGGGAGGAGUUGGUGAGAAGGAAGUGGAGUGGACACGUGUACGCUCAGAAUAGGACGGCUGUGCUGGAUGAGGUGUUGAGUACGCUUGGAUUUGACGAAACCGUGGGUGAUUAUGGGAGCUCAACCAAGACUUUUUCAAGACUCUGAGAUUUUCCUUUGUAAUAAUCCUACUCUAAAAAAAAAAAAAAAAAGUCAUGUUAGUUCGUUUGUCUUUUUCAUGUUUAAUUUUAAUAGUAUUGGUUUUUGGAAAAUGAGGUGGAAAUUGUGAAAGGAGGAA